GGAAGUCGGAGGAGCAGCCAGUCAAAGCCAGCCAGCAUCCGAGGAACUGGAGCAGCAGCGGCGGAGUCGGACUGUGUGUGCACGGAUACGUUAUAAUUAUCAAUAUUCAGCCGCUCGGCGCGGACGACGGCGCGUGCAGCGGGGCGGACAUCAUGCGCGUGACGGUCUUCCAUUUGAGCUCGGGAAGCUGAAGCGCAUCGCAGCGCGGUCACGUCACGUUAUUUCGGUGGGAUAAAGCCAUCGAUGUGUGUGUGUGUAUAACGGCGCAAUAACGGCGCGAGCCAACCGGUGAUUCCGUCGACAGCUAAACCCAGCUAGCCAACCAUUAUCCGUGUUAGCUUGCGGUGCAGCGAGCAUCUUUCUCGGUGCGGGAAGUGGCCGCGGACGGCACUCGCGGCAGUUUUGUGUCCGAAGAGUGAGACACAAAGCCGAGGCAUGCGAAGUGGGCUGUUUUUCUGCGUGAAAUCUCCACGCCCUGGGCUCUGCUCCGCGGUUGCUCCUUAACUAGCUCGCCUGCUACUUAGCCUGUGCACCGGGAGAAUAGCUGAGGAAGAGGAGAAGGUGGGGCCGCGGAGUGACAGCUAAUGCUGCUAGCAAGGUAACCCGGACUGUGGUUUUUCCUGACACGGACACCGACUGGUUCAAAUUACCUGGCACAAUAAAAGUGACUCCGUUCAGUGGGAGGAGAAAAAAAGGGGGGACAUUUAUUUUCAUUGAUUAACGGUGAAACCUUCCGUGGUGAAGGCGGAGGAGAGCAUCCUCGUUUACCUGAAUGACCAUGGCGGACGACGACGUGCUGUUCGAGGAUGUCUACGAGCUGUGCGAGGUGAUAGGAAAGGGGCCCUUCAGCGUGGUGAGGCGAUGCAUCAACAGGGACACGGGCCAGCAGUUUGCUGUGAAGAUCGUGGACGUGGCCAGCUUCACCUCCAGCCCAGGCCUCAGCACAGAGGAUCUGAAACGAGAGGCCAGUAUCUGCCACAUGCUCAAACACCCUCACAUCGUGGAGCUGCUGGAGACCUACAGCUCUGAUGGCAUGCUCUACAUGGUCUUUGAAUUCAUGGACGGAGCAGACCUUUGUUUUGAGAUCGUCAAACGCGCCGACGCUGGGUUUGUGUACAGCGAAGCGGUGGCCAGCCACUACAUGAGGCAGAUUCUGGAGGCACUUCGAUACUGCCAUGACAACAACGUGAUUCACCGCGACGUAAAGCCUCACUGUGUGCUGUUGGCCUCCAAGGAAAACUCCGCUCCCGUGAAGCUGGGAGGGUUUGGAGUGGCGAUACAGCUGGGAGAGUCUGGAUUAGUAGCUGGAGGUCGAGUGGGGACUCCUCACUUCAUGGCCCCUGAGGUGGUGAAGCGGGAGCCGUACGGUAAACCUGUGGACGUGUGGGGAUGUGGAGUCAUCCUCUUCAUCCUGCUGUCCGGCUGCCUGCCCUUCUACGGCACCAAGGAGCGGCUGUUUGAGGCCAUCAUCAAGGGAAAGUACAAGAUGAACCCCCGCCAGUGGGCCCACAUCUCAGAGAGCGCCAAAGACCUGGUGAGACGCAUGCUGAUGCUGGAUCCUGCCGAGAGAAUCACCGUCUAUGAGGCUCUCAAUCAUCCAUGGCUGAAGGAGAGGGACAGGUACGCCUACAAAAUCCACCUGCCCGAAACUGUGGAGCAGCUGAGGAAGUUCAACGCCAGGAGGAAGCUGAAGGGUGCAGUCCUGGCCGCUGUUUCCAGCCACAAGUUUAACUCCUACUAUGGAGACCCACCAGAGGAGCUCCAUGACUUCACAGAUGACCCCACCUCCUCAGGACUGCUAGCUGCUGAAACAGGGGCAGUAUCGCAGGUCCUGGACAGCCUGGAGGAGAUCCACGCGUUGACGGACUGCAGUGAGAAAGACAUGGACUUCCUGCACAGCGUCUUCCAGGAUCAACACCUGCACACUCUGCUCGACCUUUAUGACAAAAUCAACACCAGGUCGUCUCCUCAGAUCAGGAAUCCUCCCAGUGAUGGAGUGCAGAGAGCAAAAGAGGUACUGGAAACCAUUUCCUGUUAUCCAGAGAACAUGGAGGCCAAGGAGCUCAGGAGGAUCCUCACACAGCCUCACUUCAUGGCUCUGCUGCAGACUCACGAUGUCGUGGCCCACGAGGUCUACAGCGACGAGGCGCUGAGGGUGACUCCCCCGCCCACUUCACCGUACCUGAACGGAGACUCCCCGGACAGCACCAACGGGGACAUGGACCUGGAGAACGUCACCAGGGUCCGUCUGGUCCAGUUUCAGAAGAACACCGACGAGCCCAUGGGCAUCACUCUGAAGAUGAACGAGCUCAACCACUGCAUCGUGGCCCGCAUCAUGCACGGUGGCAUGAUCCAUCGACAAGGGACCUUGCACGUUGGAGACGAGAUUCGGGAGAUUAAUGGCAUCAGCGUCGCCAAUCAGACAGUAGAGCAACUCCAAAAGAUGCUGAGAGAGAUGAGAGGGAGCAUCACCUUCAAGAUUGUGCCCAGUUACAGGUCUCAGUCCAUUCCUUGUGAGAAAGAGUCUCCAGAUGUUUCCCAACAGUCGCCCGCGAAUGGUCACGCGAGCGUCACCAGCUCCAUCCUGGACUUACCGUCGACUAUUCAGCCCAAAGGCCGUCAGAUCUCCAGACCUACCAUCAAGGACAAAUUGUCCAUCAAGAUUUACGUCCGUGCUCAGUUCGAGUACGACCCGGCCAAAGAUGACCUCAUACCGUGUAAGGAGGCCGGCAUUCGCUUCAGGGUGGGUGACAUCAUCCAGAUCAUCUCCAAGGACGACCACAACUGGUGGCAGGGAAAGCUGGAGAACACCAAGAACGGCACGGCCGGACUCAUCCCGUCUCCUGAACUGCAGGAGUGGCGUGUGGCGUGUAUAGCCAUGGAGAAGACCAAGCAGGAGCAGCAGGCCAGCUGCACCUGGUUCGGCAAGAAGAAGAAACAGUACAAAGACAAAUACCUGGCCAAGCACAACGCAGUCUUUGACCAACUAGACCUGGUGACGUACGAGGAAGUGGUGAAGGUGCCGUCGUUCAAGAGGAAAACGCUGGUUUUGCUCGGAGCACACGGAGUCGGACGGAGACACAUCAAGAACACGCUCAUCACCAAACAUCCAGAGCGCUUCGCCUACCCCAUCCCACACACGACUCGGCCUCCGAAGAAGGACGAGGAAAACGGGAAGAACUACUACUUUGUGUCCCACGACCAGAUGAUGCAGGACAUCAGCAACAACGAUUACCUGGAGUACGGCAGCCACGAGGACGCCAUGUACGGCACCAGGCUGGAGACCAUCAGGCAGAUCCACGCGCAGGGGAUGAUCUCCAUCCUGGACGUGGAACCACAGGUGACCACACAUGAUCCAGAGCCACUGUCGCUAUGGCAACCCACACCACACAUGGCUUUAAAGAUCCUGAGAACAGCGGAGUUUGCUCCUUACGUCGUUUUCAUCGCAGCUCCCACCAUCACCCCCGGCCUGACUGAGGUUCCAAAGUGGUGCAGGAAACUUCCUGACGACUCUCUGCAGCGACUGCAGAAGGAGUCGGAGAUGCUGCAGGGAACGUACGCCCACUACUUUGACCAAACAAUCAUCAACAACGAGAUCGACGACACCAUCCGCCUGCUGGAGGAGGCCGUGGACCUGGUGUCCACCACCCCACAGUGGGUGCCCGUCUCCUGGGUCUACUGACACACCUCCCUCUGACCCAGCGCACAGAUGCUAAACUCUUUAGUGAAAUCACGUCUCAUCUACACGUUGGAAUCACACACAUCUGUAGAUACAAAAA